UCAUAGUCUAUAUAGAGGGUCAGAUGCCUUAGAAAAAUUCGUUGAAAAAAUCGAAGGAAAGCUUCUAAAUAUUCAAGAAGAUUUAUCUGCACCAGCUGAAAUUAUUAUAGCACCUGGAGAUCUUAAAGCAUAUAAUGAAGCAACUGAAUCUAAGCACAGAUUAUUAGAAGUCAUCGAAUGGGAAGCAAGCAUGGGAGAAGACCACUCAGAAAAGAAAAAGAUACAAAAAGAAUACCGAAAAGCUUUAAGUAGACUUAAUCGUAAGGUAAAAGAUUAUGAUCAUAUAAGUGGAAAGUACCGAGGUCCAGCUUAUGAUAUUU